AUGUCGAAGGUGUUUUCUCUUGAAGAAGUCGGCAAGCACAACACUGGCAAGGACUGCUGGAUGGUUAUCCAUAACAAGGUCUAUGACGUGACCAAGUUUCUGUCCGAGCAUCCCGGCGGCGAAGAGAUCCUACUCGAGUGCGCAGGCGUCGAUGCGACCGAGGGUUUCGAAGACGUCGGCCAUUCGGCAGACGCGCGGGAGCUGCUCCAAGACUAUCUCGUCGGCGAUUUGCGCCAGGAAGAUCACAAGUCCUACACCAACCAGUACGUUUACACGGACAAAGAAAAGACUGGCGGCUCCCUUCCAAUCAGCUGGCUUAUCGGCGCUGUUACUGUCGCUGCUGGCGCCUUUUUUACCUUCAAUCUGCCAAGUGAAAGGGCCUAG